UCGUGGUCAAGAGAAAAACUGUGUCAGUGUAAACAGUUGCGUGGACGCAGAUUAUGUUUGUUACGCUCUAGGUUCAAGGGGAGCCAGCCAGAUUGCCGACGCGUUUCACUAUUUAUAGUGCCUCGCGUCUAUUUAGCAGUUUGCUCUCAGUGCAGAAAUGGCCGGAGUAGCGGAACGAGCAGAGUCCCACGCUCAUGCAAAGUGUUCGUAAAAUCUACGCGAUCUCAAUACCAUUAUCAAGCGCGGGUGAAUAAUAUACGAAUAAUAACCAACAUAAAGUUGUCAGACUGAAGACUGAAGAUGCAUCAGAUUAUCGUCAAACACGCGAAUUAUGCAAUCCUUGUAACAUUACCUCGUUACCUUUCGUUACAGUGAGUUCAGUUAACAGUACGGCGCACACAAGCUACCAGCAGCAAGUGUCAGUUAUUAAAUAAAUUAUGAUAAUAUUAAGAAAAACGUGAUUGUGUACGUGGGAAAACAAAAUUGACAUUGGUGCUAUUUUAAAGUGAAUGCCAAAGAAUGGCUGGAAACAUGCCAAACUGUGUCGUUCAGUGUAAACAAACAGUUGAAUAUUAAGUGAUGUAAUUUUUACAUAUCUCUGAUUUAAUUUCGGUAUCACACAAAUGUCUAUCAUAAAAAAUAAAGAAAAAUUUGCAAAAUGGCGGAAAAAGAGGACUCGAGUGAUAGUGAUGGCCCAUUAAUAGAUGAUAACGUGAUACGUAUCCAACUAAGGAAACCCAGCCAAAAGAAAUGGGAACUACGAACGCGAAAUCUUUCUCCUAGUAUAAGAUUCCCUACUAUUCAACUAUUCGAUUCUGAAGGCAAUCUGUUAGUCGAAACUAAUGAUGAAAACAUAUCUAUUAAAAGCCAUGAUUCCAAUGAACCGAAUUUAAAAGCAAGUCAGUCAUUAAACGAGAAAGAUUAUAAACAAGUCAUUAACAAGAAAAUUGUAAAAAAACAUAAUUCAAUAUCGGGUGAUAGAAUAUAUACACGUGUAUUUAAUAAUCCUGUUGUAAUAAAUAAAAAUUGUGAAGUAACAAAACCAAGCGUUACAGUUAAAGACUGUAGCAGUAUAACACACAUUCCAAGUAAACUUACGAUAAACAACUUUACAAAUUUGCAAGCAAAUAGCCUGGAUACCACGCCUUUCCAUUCGGAGGGCCCCAGUGAAGUAAGUAGCUAUAAAAGUUCCGACAAUGAAACUUACGAGGAUUUUACCUCUAAUGAUAAAUUAUCCAACUGUAAAAGCAUGCCACUGGAGAAUGGUAUUGAUUCAGCACCGAUUUCGCAAAAUACGUCUACGAUAUCAUUAGAUGAAGCUAGUGAAUUUAAUAAUGAGGAUAGUAAUAAAGACGAAAAUAAACUUCAAACUUCAAAAUCUCUAAAUGAUGCAACACUAUUUCAACAUUCAAAAGAACAUCAAUAUAACACAUUACCGCGAUCAAAAUCUAACGUUAUUUACAAGCUUCCUCCAAAUAAAGUUUCCUUUCUCAAUACUUAUCUAAGAAGCUUACCUGCCCGACCAAGUUCUAAUCCGGAUUGGCUUACCUCACACCUACGCCAAACAACUGCUUCGCCCCAAAAUCCUUGCGAACAAACGAAACUAAGAGUACCGCCAAUGUUUUACUCAGAAAAUUCUCGGGGGAAUGGUAUAAGAGAUGAUAAUUCUACAACCGACAAUGACUUUAUUAAUAUUUCGACGGAUGUGGCUGCAGAUUGUGAAAUGAGAAAACGUUUAAAAAUGUAUAGGCGAGGUAUAUCGGAAAUUGAGCACUGGUACGGAAACGAAACCGUAUAUACCAGGAAACGACGGCACUCAGUGAGUGGUGCUGUGCGAAUUAAACGCACUUCUUCCUCAGAAAGUGUGGAUGAGGCCGACGUAGUACUUAGCCGUUUGAAGAGGAGGAUACUUAAGAACAAGUUAAGAGAGAAACGGCGAUGUGGCAGCCGCAAAUCUUUUUCCGAUCAGAACGCGUGCAAGACAAGCGACAGCGACACCCAAGAAGAUUGGCGCGAUGCGGGCGGCGGGGCCCUCUUGAGGUCCCGCCUCGCUAUGGGCUCAAACAUCAGCCAGCAUUCCGCAAAGGGCCUCAAGGGCCGGCGAGCGCGCUCUAGCGGCGACCUUUGCAAUGGCGAGGCGAAGAGUCAAACCGAGUCGUCGGUCUGCGGCUCCGUUGUCGGGGAGUCUUUGGGCUGGAAUCGCUCUCUGCCCAACCAUUUAGAUGGAAACCGACAUUUAGCGGAGUACAGCCGCGUGAACAAUAACUAUGCGGAGUUUGGAACGUACAAUCGGUGCCAUACGAAGAGCGGGCGCGGUUUGCGGUAUCGCGUGACUAAAUCUGGAUCUAACGCGGAGCCGGUAUGGAAGCUCCAAGAUCCAGGUUUCGACCAGGGCUAUGGGUCGGAACGGUCGCCAGAAGAAGACUUCGUACCUCCCAUCGUACCAGCAAUAUCUCUGGAGCAGUAUGAAGCUGAACUGCGGUCUGUCUAUACGUUCAUUACUGAUGAAAACACCUUCACUGUCGUGGUGGAAAAAGAUGGACGCGGCCUGGGAAUGUCAGUUUGCGGAGGAGGCGGGCUCGUGAGAAUACGAAGGUUAUACCCUCCUCAACCAGCUUGGCGGACGGGCAGACUUGCACCUAAAGACUUGCUUCUGUCUGCCAAUGGAGUGCCUUUAGCUGGACUUAGCACUUAUGAGGCUCUAGAAGUACUACGCACAGCGUCAGCGCGAGUGGAACUUCGCGUCUGUCGACCUCCAAGCGAUGUUCUUGAGAGUAUCACCCCUCCAGAUCCCCCAACACCACCGGUUCGGACGCCGCACCCACCACAUUUACCGCUCGACCCGCUCAACUGUCAUCCCUUACACGCGAGACUGUCACAAACAACAAGCAGCGCAACAACGUCUUCGUCAGAGGGCCGAGGCAGACGUGAAGCCAGCCCCGAAGAUAGGAGAGGCCACGAUCUACACCUACCGGAUCUGGACAGGCCCUUGCCAGUUUACGACAUACAAUAUGGAGAGUUUGACAUAGUGAUGUCAAAAGUGAACGGGUCCCUCGGGUUCACACUGCGCAAGGAAGACCAUAGCGCUUUAGGACACUAUGUACGCGCCCUAGUGAGGGAACCAGCGCUAAGUGACGGCAGAAUACAGCCGGGAGAUAGGAUUGUUGCCGUAAACGAUACACCCAUGUCGAACAUGUCGCAUGCAGAAGCGGUCGCAUUUUUGCGUUCUUGCGGCUCCGAGGUGCGUUUGCGACUGUACCGCGAUCACGCAGCGACACCCCUGUCUCCAAUGUCACCAAAAGAAGAAGGGCCUACAGAUUCUGAUGGGCCGAUUAAUAAGCCCAAACCACCACUGAGAGCUGAAGCAGUAUCGAUGCUAUGUGAUCUCGCAGCGCGUCGUCUCACACCCGAUGCUGGGGAUGGUUCAAGAUCCCCUUGCUUGUCACCGCGUAAACAUAGAAAGCUUACUAAGGACAACAACCACUAUGAACAACCUAACGAUUUGCCAAGUUGCAACGUUACGCUAGAAUCACAACAUUCAAAACGUACUGAGACCUUCAAACGUUCCCAAACCAUCGAAUGCUCGUCCGAUAUGUCCGGAAAGGAGCGUUCCGGGACUAUAGACCGUCGGUCAACAAUGGCACGGUCAGCAUCCAUCGGAUCGACGACUAUAGAACCUCCAGCUGUAGAGUUUAUUUACAAAGAAUGUCCAGAAUGUCCCGCCGUUGAAGAAGCGAAGCGGCAUCGCGCUGUAGUAAUUAUCAGUCCUACGGCUCCACCUACUUGUAGAAAGCAAAAACUAAGCUUGACAGUGCCUCCCCACGGUUACGAGCUAAAUAACUUAGACAAUGACACACUCGAUGCCCCAAAUGUGUACCAGGAGGACAUAACUUUACAGCGAUUUAGCGAACCAGCCUUCCCGGUGGAUUCCGACGAGCCAGUAUCGAUGCCCGCAGAAUUGUCAAGUGACGAACGAUUUAAACACUCAAACCCAACGUAUUUAAGUGCUGUGAUGCAUACUACGACCAGUGAAAGUACAUCAGAUGCUCACAAAGACGACGGGAACGGUUUAAAGAAGUGGAAAGGUGUUGCAUUGUCGCCAGAUAACGAGCGCAAAGUAAAACCUUUUCCGGCCGAAGUUCUACCAGAGCCUGCAGAAAUCGAUACCACCCAAAAGGAGAACAUCAAACCUGAAUCACCGGUAGAAGCAUUUAGCACAGAACCUACGAUAGUGACCGUGGAGUUGAACCGUGGCUGGAACAGUCGGCUGGGGUUCAGCGUCCAGAGCCAUCCGGAUUCGGGCCAGAGCUACAUCUCUGCUGUGUACAACGAUAGCGUCGCCGCAAGAGACGGCAGACUGAGGCGUGGGGACGUCAUACUACAAGUAAACGACGAAAACGUGACAUCAAUGAAGACCCCCGAAGUGAUAGAUCUGUUGCGGAUACUGCGUGGAUCAAUUUGCAUCACGGUACUGCGGCCACCUAACUUGCAAUGAAACCGUUUACCAAAUCACUAGUGUACCUAUAUACAAAUUAGACUUCUUAUCGGAGCCACGUACUCACUCGCACUGUAGAAUCUCACCAAAUGUAAGGGAUGCGAGAAGUUUUACUGAGCGGUUGUAAGUUUGCGUAAAAAACUGAAGUGUAAAUGUGAUGAUGAUAUCGCAACUGGAUUUUACGGUUUUCCGAUAUUUUAUUUUUAACGGAGCUAGGCACUUUAUUGUUUGUUUACUAAUCCUAAAAAGGUUUUGCUAUUUAUGGCGGAUUUUAGUCGCUAGUAUAUGCCACUUUUCCCUGGUGGCAGACGGUUUGUGGCAGGCUCAGAGAAUGUUUGUGUACAGAUUUUAGUCCCGAGCAUAUGCUAUUAUUUCAUGCUGGCCAGCACUUCUAUUCAGAUUUGAGUCGCAGGCAUUUGCUACGCUACCUGAUGACAGGUAGCCUGGUACACCGAUACAAGAAGCCAUACAAUACAGUUUAUAUUUGAUCAGUCCAUCGCAUGUAUGACCUUUGGCGCAUUCCAUCAUUGUCAGAGUAUUUCUCUCGCCGUUAGACGUACCCAAAUAAUUUCAUUAUUUUACGUUGUGCUAAUGCAAUAACGUGCCUAACCGAUCCAAUGUCAAUCAAUUUGAUAAUCCACUUGCGAAGUGAACAUGUUAUAAAAUCUCUCUUAUUUACUAUAAAUAAUAAUAGAAUUUUAGAUAUUAUACAGACGUCAGUAUUAAACGCACAAGUGCUUAAAAUACGACGAUUUCACACCUAUUUACCAUUAUUGAAUUACGUGAUUUUGUUUAUGUAAAUAAAUAAUCUGUGUCAGUAGGUAGUAUGGCUUAAUGUGCUCAAUUUAAAAUGUUAACAGUCACUAUUAUAUUAAUACUAUAGUCCAUCUAUUGUACUUCCAUGGACAGACUAGUAGUCUCAAGAAGGGGCCUUUAAGAAGUAGAGAAAAUUAUUUACUAAGACUCAGUUUUCAUGUAUUAACUUGCGGUUUGUUUUAGCGACAGUUUUAUUAUAUUGAUAAUAUAUUAAAAAAUUUAAUCGUAAUGAAUAUUAUGAAGGUAAGUAUUAAGUAAUUCAAAUAGUAAAAUAAUAAAAGUAAAUGAAAUUAUAAAUUCUAAGUGAAAUAUAUAAUUAUCUAUAUGAGUUCAUUGUACAUAGGUACAAUUAAUUGCUAAUUGAUUGCGUUAGAGUGACUGAAUAAAUGCUUCAGAUAAUGUAUUUAAUAAUAAUUGAUCGUAGAUGCCGCUGCUCAGAAAUUCAUAACGAAACUGGGAGGUCUGAAACUAGUGUCAUCUUCUACAGUUUCCCUUUUUUUUAUAAUAAUAACAGAAGUAUAAGAUCUUACAGAAGUUAAGGAUUAUUUAAAAAUCGAAUGAGUACUACUCGACAAAAUAAUAUUAUCUUAAACCUCUUAAUGUUCCAAUGCUGAGCACGGUUCUCGUCUUUUCAGAUAUACGAGAAAUGUUUAAAGCUCCCUCCAUAUUGCUCCAAUGCAUGUUAUAUAAUUUGUGAAUGAAUGGAAACUGUUUCAGUUCCUAAAAUAAAAGAAUGAGUCCACAUUUAAAUUUUAUAGUAGUAACAUGAUGUAUGUUCUAUGGAAUUGAUCUCUGAUGAUAUCACGUAAAGUGAUAAAGUAUUAUAGGUAUAGAAUGCGCUUUUUUUUUAAAUUAAACCCUUGCCCUUAGACCCGAUAUAUAUUUCGGGGUUGAACUAAAGUGUCGCUAUUAAAAAUAUUAAACGACGAUAAGUAUUAAAUAAUAUAGUUCAAUCUUCUUCUUGCCCAUAUCGCUAUACUAAGUCGACAAUCAUGUCUACUCCAUUUAACCUGAAGACUUGUGGAUUUGGCAUUUUUUUAAGAAUGGCCUGAAGUCAACGCUCUUUGGGAAUGUUUUUGUAAAUUGAAUAAUUGUCACCUAUAGGUUUAAAGGGUGAAGUUGUAAUCGCAAAAGAUAAGGUAGUGUUCGGUUAAAUACUUUCAACCACCUUGAUAUUUUUAUACCUUAACGACGUCCACGGGAACUCAAACCAGGAUUGCACGCAAAAACAUCUAUAAAUAAUAGUAGUUUCUUAGUCAAAUAAAUAGGAUAUAAUAUAUGCAUAAAUUUUACAAAAGUUUACAAAUAUAUAUACUUAAGAGUACAUGCGCUCUUUUCGGCUCAAACGCAACUUACGACCAAUAUGCCUGUUUUCACUAACAACAAACAAGGAAAUGCCUAAAUAAGUAACGCCUAAUCUAGGGAAAUCCCGAGGCGUAGGUUCGUCGACCGUUCAUCAAUAGUUAUCACCUAAGAGUUCGUGAAAUGUUUUUUGCAUUCGAUUUCAGUGAAAACUGCCAUAACUCUCGGAAGAAAGUAUCAUUAUGCACUUCACCUGACCAACCUUCAGCAACUAAAAAAACAAAUUAAGUAUUUCCUCUCUUAUGAAUAGUACUUAUAUAUAUUUAAAGAAGAUAAAAUGAAAAUAUUUCUGUUUACUAUGUAAAUAUCGUUAUUCUUCACCUGUAGUAGAAAUAUGUAUUAUAGCAUUCCAUGAGUAACCUUUGUAAAUAUAAUGUUUUUUUAAAGCCAAGCUCUAUUUUUCUCAUUUAGGUGCUUCAACGUACGUUUGCUGUAAUAUAUUGUAAUAAAAUAUGUAUUUUUUAACAUUACUCAUUUGGAUUAAAGAUUGGUGUAUCUAUAGGAAUUUUAGGUACUCGUGGAUAUCUUGUUAUGCUCCAAGCUCGAAAGUUAACUUAUUCUAAAUUAUAUAAAUGAACCAACAUAAAAAAAUAAAUAUUUAAAAAAUAAAAUCUUCGCAAACGUCUAGAAUUUGCACAUUGGAUCUUUUAAUUUGCUGUUAAAUCGAUAUCCACUACGUAGUGUUUAUUAAAUUAUAUUAAAGUCAAAUUUUACUUAAAAUUAAUAAAGCUAGGUAAGUUUUACACACAGUCAAAACAAUAUAAAUGUAACGGAAUUAUAUAUCUACUCUAAUGUAGUGAAUAAUCGGAACUUUAAUUCUAACGUAGUGGAUUAGAAUACAAUGAACUGUUUUAUUUAAAAUAAAGAACGAUAAAAUAUGUGCACAGUUUAUAAAAAGUUAUAGAAUUAGCUUUUAAUAAAGUUUCACGGCUGCCUGUACUAUCCAACAUAAUUAUAAUUGAUUAGUUUAAUGUUGUCAGAAAUUCAAACUACCAUAAUACGGGAAAAAUUAAUGAACUUCAUAAUGGUGAAUUUCGAAACAUAAUUUUAUUUUAACAAAAAAUAUGAUUAUCGUAACGCCAAAUGCCCUGCGUGUGAAAAGUACCGAUCUUAGGAUAAAGUUCAAGUUAUAAUUCUAAGUAAAUCUAUAGGUACUGAUUAUAUCUAGUCAAAUCUAAAUUGUAAUUAAAUUAUAGCGAUUAGCCUUUCAAGAGAAUGGUUAGUAUAUAGGGAAUGCAGAUUAUAUAUUAUUAUCUUAAAUUAUCGUUGUAAAGUAUCGAAAAAUCUAUCUCUAUAAAUAAUUGCAUUCACUUCUUAUAUUAUAAUGUUAUCGUAUGAAAAGAUUUUAUCGACAAAUCGACUCAACUAUUUUAAUAUAACUAAACUUAGAUUAUUUUAUUAGAUAAAUUGCGUAGUUAAAUAAUGAUAAAAUAUUAUUAUAGAUAAAGUAACCAGAACGAAAUGGAAACAACUGAUAUUCUAAAUAAUUGUGAUGGAUUUGUGUUAGUAGGUGUUACUUUUAUAAGUAAACUUAAAUAUUGUAAUAAUCGAAAUACCUAUUGAAAUAAAACAACUCAGGUGGGAUUGCUAAUUGGGGAUAUCACAUAUACCACUGUUUUAUGUGUUUUUUCAUAUUAUUGAAAAGCAAAGUCUAUAUUGAACGCUUAACUUAACUCUAUAUUGAAUACUGAUAUCUAUAGUUCAAAUGUAAAUUGCUGUUGUGUCACCAAUUAGUAUUUUUACCUGAGUUAUUAACUAUAAUGUAACAUAAGUGCAAAUAUUGUAUUGGAACCAGGCCUUACAUGUCGGUGUUGUCAACUGAGCGAAUAUAAUAAACUUUACCAAGCAAAGUAAUAUAAAAUAUGACUUUGUCCGAAUUCCUGUCUUAUUACUAACAUUGUAGAUUCACGAUAUUUUUUUAAUUUUUCAUAAAUUAAUAAAAACUGUACAGAAUUAAAUAUUUUUCCAGAUAUCAAAAUGAUAAGUUAAUAGCUCAAAUAGUUUUUUUAGCUUUUUAGUAAUUUUUUGUUCUUAUAAAGUUUAUUAUAUUACGCUUAUUAUUGUCUUGUUUGUGUCUUUAUUUACUUUUGCAGUUCUUAGACCCUUAUUUUUUGCAUUUCAAACUGAUGUGUGUUAAAGUGAUACCAUUAAACGAAAAAAAACGUAUUAUUUCACAACAAUAAACUCGAUCGCUCGCCACUUUGUCUGCCUAUACACAAAUAUUUUGAAAACAUGAACUGUAGGACUGUCUAUUAUUUUUUUUUGUCAAGAAUACAGUCAU